ACCUAGGAGUGAAAACAAAGGAUCACCUAUGGGUCAAAAGGCGAGCACUCCGGCGACCAGUGGCCAGCAGAGCCCGCGCUCCAGGACUUUCUCGAGCAGCUCGACGGGAGCCGCCGAUCCUGCGCUGCAACAGCAGGCGACGCAGCAGGGACAAAAUUCCGCCUCCGCCGGCCAGGGAUUCAAUCUGCUGCGCACUCUGCCCGGUUUGCAGGUCUAUCACAACCAGAACUCCACGUCCAUCGAUCGCCAGCGGGCGAGGAGUCUCAGCUCCGUGCCGGACAUCCAGCAGCAGUCGCAGCAGCAGCAGGGAUCCAUCACCUCCUCCGGCAGCAGUCCGCACUCGCAUCCGCAUGCCGCCCACGGACAUCCCGCCGUCGGGGUCUCCGUCUCCGUCUCCGGGAAUCCCAAUGCCAACAGCAAUAGCAACAGCAACAGCAACAGCGGAUUCCCAACCGCCGGCAACAACAAUGGAUCCGCCACCCAGUCCUACAUGCAGCAGAGGCGAACCCUCGGCGAUUCCAUAAGGGACAUGACAAUGACCGGCGGCAACAUCGCCGAGAGCAUCGCCCUGGCCGCUUCCGCCACAUCCGCCAAUGGGAUCGGUCGUGUCUACACGGCCACCUCGCUUCCAUCGCACAUUUGGUCCUUCAAUGGUAUCAAGUGCCCCGUGUGCAAUAAGUUUGUGUUGCCGGACGACAUUGAAUGCCAUUUAGUCAUGUGCCUAACGAAACCACGACUCUCAUAUAACGAGGAUGUUUUGUCGGACGCCAAGGGCGAGUGCGUCAUCUGCCUUGAAGACCUGAGUCCGGGGGACACCAUCGCCCGGCUGCCAUGUCUCUGCAUAUAUCACAAAGGAUGCAUCGACCGUUGGUUUGAGGUGAAUCGCUCCUGUCCCGAGCAUCCUGGAGAUUAGUAAUCCUCACCAGAGCUCGCCGAGUUGUUUGUGUGGUGCGUUAUGCAAGCGAGGAGGGGUAAAGGAGCAGGUAUAGAACUAGAAAUGGAACUGGCCAGCUGGACGCGGUGCGCGGGAAGCUCUAGUCUCUGGGUUGGGACAGAGAUCCCAGGCCCAGUGACCAAAAACAAAGCACCUGUUCCACCACCGCGACGAGCUGGAGCUUGGAAAUCAAGAGCGUAGAGUAGAAUAUAUAGGGAUAAAGGACGUGGGAGAGGCUAUGCCACAAAAUGCUGAUCUAAAGAAUGGGAUCGAGCCAUCGAUCAUUUGACCUACCGACCGACCGACCGAUCGACUGCUGAUGGAACCCAAAUCUAAACCCAAACAAACACACACAAAUCAAUUGAAACAAAUUAAUUUACAAUGCUAAACUGGCAAACAUAAUAAGAGUAAUAAUAAUAUUAAUAAACGAUAUAAAUGAUCUAAGUGACGAGAAAUCAACCAACCCACAAAAACGAAAACUACAACAAGAAGAAGCAACAACAACCAGAAGAUUUUGAAAAACGACGGGAGGAGUGUAAAGCGAAGCAACCAACCAACCAACAAAAGAAUGUCAACCAAUGUGAUGUUAAAUUUUAUAUUUUGUACUAUGGAUAAUGAUGUAAUUGUAAUUGUAAUGUAUAUGUAUGUAUUUAUUAUUUUAAAACAGGACUAAAAUAGGAUAAACACAAGCGUAAGGAGAACACACACACACACAAGAAAAUAACAAUAACAAAUACUAUUAAUAAUUAUGCUAAAUUAGAGGAGAAACAAAUGAAAACGAAAGCAAAAUGCAAAAAGCAAAGCAACCAAAAAGAAAUAUACAAAAAUCCAGAAUUAAGAUUGAAAUGUAACGAAGAUAGAAAACAAUUUUCCCCAUUUUCGGUGUAUUUUAAGAUUUGUUUAACAAUUCGCUAUCAAUUCUCUUUGUGUUUAUCCAUUAGUUAUGGCUAGUUAGUUUUUUAUAUCCAUGUUUGUUAUCAACAUUUUGUUUGUGUUUUUGUUUAAACAAAAAAAAAAUUAUUUUUUUAAUUGACAUAAAUCGAAUGAGAAAUAUUUUAAAUAUUCGCCACUAUUUGUAAUUUGUCAAUGUGAAGUUCUGGUCAAACGAAAGCUGAGGACAAAUCCGAUUGUAUUUUUUUUUUUUAAUUAUUUGUCGAAAGCUUCAAACCGGCCAUAUAUCCGAUAUCUGAUAUCCCCGCAGACAUUGUAAGCCGGCUGUAAACGAUGCAGCGUCCGAAUAUCAAAAUUGAGUGCAGCUGCUGCAUCGUUUACACUCGGCCUUAGUCACGCGAAGCUGUGCGUUUAUUAUCUGUAUGUAAAUUACUACCCACUAUGUUUACUAUCCUUGCUCAUCGAUGAUAUAUACAUAUAUCCGGAUCGAAGAUUGCGUCGAUGAUCCGCCAAAGUUUCCUUAGCAACCGAAGCGAAGCCACGAGCAGCGACGGCGGCAGCACGUAAUAACUAUUUUGUAAAUGAUAUACUUUAAUGUACUGUACAGAAGAUAUACACCCCCCCCAAUCCCCCAACCCCCCACAUACACCAUGCAUAUAUAGAACGUUGUAUAUGUAUAUUAUAUAUAUAUAUAUAAAUUGUAACUGUAUAACUAUAGCGUUGCAUUGAGCGAUUGAGGAUACAACUGAUUUCACUCCCAAAAUAAAAGCGAUAAAUGAUAAACGUAACAUUUGAUUAUGUAUUUGAGAAAUGGUUUUUUGUAUCCCCAUCCCGAUGGCAAAAAUUGGUAACUAAUCGAAGAAAUCGAAAAUAAAAAUAUUUGAACUUUUAUAACCAACCAAAGCGAAUAGAGCAAAUAAAACGAUUUAGGAUAACAAUUGUUAAGUAAAAACGGAGGCGAAACGAGAAGAACUUUAGAGAAUAAAUGAGUGAUUAUACCACAAAAACUCUCUUUUG